UGGGUUGGCUUGCAUUCAGUUGUCAAUUGCCAUGCCAUACCAAGGCGGGAGAUAUCUACCUCCCAUAGCAACUCCAAUUCAGACAACAUAUCAGAAGGACUACGUCAGUCAGUCAGUGGAACCCCCAAAAUCCUUUAAAUUCAGAUCUAUCAGCAACUUACCUCCGAUUAACUAUUCAAAUUAUCGUAAUGUAAGCAAAUCAACGAAGUACAGGGACGAGUACCAAGGAACUUUUGGGCCAGCAGCUCCGAGCGCCAAGCCACCCCCAUACGACUACCCUUCAGAGGACCCUAUUGGGGUAUCGACUUACAAAGCGAAUUUUAGAGAGACUAACUUUCCAAGACAAGGUCCUCACCCCACUUCACCACUGCGGAAAAACAAUCCACACCCAAAAACCAUGACCAAUGCGUUUAAUUACCCGAACAGGGGUUAUUGGGUAUGGCCACACAGACUGCAACCAAUAAAAUUUCAAUAACUCUGACUGAUGAUCACAGCUAAUAAAGUAACCUCAAGAUGUGUUUUGAAGAGUU